CAUAGAGUCGAGGAAAUACGAGAACAUUCUGAUCCAACCCAUUGGAGAUUUGUGCAAGGAGAACUAAAUCCUGCGGACUUGCCCUCGCGAGGUUGCAAUGCAGAAGAACUUUCAAAGAAUCAAACCUGGUGGAGCGGACCAGAGUUUUUGAAACAUUCCGAGGAGAGUUGGCCUGAACAACCACUGACGAAUGGUAUAGAUAACGAAGAAGUUGAUCUCUCAGAAAUGAGGAAAAAACCACCUGCAGUUGUUCGAUCUCUUGUGAACUUAUCACAUCGUGGCGAGAUUUUAGGAAGAAUUAACGAGAUUAUAGACUGCAAGAGAUACAGUACGAAAUUACAGUUACUGCGAGUGACGGCAACUGUCCAAAGAUGCGCAAGGAUUUGGAGACACGAUGAUCGCGUGCCAAAAACACAGAAUUAA